UCCUCCCUCCUCGCCUCCUUCCAUCCUUCCUCCCUCCUCCCGUCACUCCCUUGCUCCUUCCUCCCUCCUCGCCUCCUUCCCUCCCUCCUCCCUUGCUCCCUCCCUCGCCGUCUCUCCUCCCUCCUGGUCAUGAUGGAGUCGGGCCUCAACCCGCUGCCGCAGUUCCCGGAAAACUCCUACAAAAUGACGGAGGAGGACGUGAAGAGGCUGAUCGAGUUCAGGGCGUCCAACGAGGCUCUGUUCACUGGCAAGAGGAACUCGGCCAAAAUCGCGUGGAGCACCAUCCUGACGGGCCUGGGUCUGGAGGGGAAGCUCACCGCCGACCAGAUCGCCAAGAAGUGGGACAACCUGCGCACCAAGUACAAGGACCUGAAGCAGCCCUACCAGGGCCAGGACGGCCUCGGGGGCGUGGUGGAGUCGUGGCCUUGGUUCCACAUCAUGGACGAGGCCAUGCAGGGUCGCCUCUACAACAGCAACCUGGUGCUGAGCCCGGACGUCGUCGUCCAGGCCAACGCCGGUCACCGCGGCCACGGACAGCAACAGGAGAACACCGACAUCCUGGAGUUCCUCAUCAAGACGGAGAUGGAGGACACGGUGGCGGCGGAGGCGGCGGAGGACGACGGGACGGGUCAUGCCGAGGUUCCUCCCACCGAGGGCGUCCCGAUGGGCUGGAGGAGGAUGAGCGAGUGCUCGUAUAAAAUGUCGGAACCGGAGACGGAGCGAAUGAUCAAACUCCGAUCGGCGAACGAAGCGCUCUUCACCGGCAGGAAGCAUUCGGCCAAACCCGCCUGGAGAGCCAUCCUGUACGAGCUCGGUCUCCAGGGGAAGCUGACUACGGACCAGUUGGCCAAGAAGUGGGACAACCUGAAGAGGAGGUACAAGGAGCUGAAGUUUCCUGCCCGAGGCGUGGAGACGAACCCCAGCUCCUGGCCCUGGUUCUACCGGAUGAAUGACGCCAUGGAGGGACGUUUCGCCGGCGCCGCGCCCAUCCUCACGCCCAUCGUGGAGGACGAGGACGAAGACUGCGAGCCGCUGUUGCCGACGCCCAAGAAACGAGCCCGCCGGACCCGAGGGGGGAUGGCCGAGUUUCUGACGGAGUCGGAGAUGGACCUGCUGGUCGACACUGAGGAGAAGAACGGGUCGACGGCCCUGGGAGAACUGCAGAGGAUGGCCGAGUUCACCUACAAACUGACGGAGGACGACACCAGACGACUGAUUGAGUUACGAGCUGCAAACGAGUCUCUGUUCACCGGGAGGAGAAACACUGCGAAACCAGCCUGGAGGGGCAUCGUGAAGGAGAUGGGUCUGACGGGGAAGAUCACGCCGGACCAGGUCGCCAAGAAGUGGGACAACCUGAAGACCAAGUUCAAGGACCUGAAGUUCCCUCCUCGGGGGAUGGAGAACCAGACCAACCCGGCCUCGUGGCCCUGGUUCCAGCUGAUGAGCGACGCCCUGGAGGGACGUCUGGCGGGCAAAGCCCCCCGAGUGACACCCCUCUGGACCAACGAGGAGGACGGCGUCUUCGGCUCGUCCCCGCCCAGCGACGGGGACUGUCUGAUGGUGGAGCGCAGCAGCGCGUCGGAGCCGGAGAGCCUGGCGGGCGGGGACAACGGCGCGGCGGCCGAGGCCAACAUCACGUACAUCGACGCCAGCGGGGAGGAGUGCUCCACGCCGUCGGACCUGUCCUACAAGAUGACGGACCAGGACACAAGGAGGAUGAUCCGACUCCGAGCCUCCAACGAGUCCUUGUUCACAGGCAGGAGGAACGCUGCCAAGGCCGCCUGGAGGGCCAUCCUGAAGGAGCUGGGGCUGCAGGGGAAGGUGUCGACAUACCAGAUGGCAAAGAAAUGGGACAAUCUGAAGAGGAGAUACAAGGAUCUGAAGUACCCUCCCGUGGGGAUGGAGAGUGUCGCAGACGGCGCCUCCUGGCCGUGGUUCCACCUGAUGAACGAAGCCAUGGAGGGCCGGUUGGCCAGCAGCGCCCCCCUCCUCGCCCCCGUCACCCAGGACGACGAGCAGCACCCCGACCCCGCCCCCAGACACAGGUCCCGCCCCGCCCCUCUCCCUCCCCCCGCCUCCUCUGACUACGAACAGGAUGUGUUCUGCGACGCUGCCGAGCAGAACCAGAACCAGCGGAGCUCGGAGUCGUGCGACGGGCCGCUGGGCGGACUGGACCGGGAGUGGGAGAUGGUGGAGCGGGAGAGGACGGCCAUGGAGCGCGAGCGGGAGAUGGUGGAGCGGGACCGGGCCUCGGUGGAGAGGGAGCGGGCGGCGGUGCAGGCGGAGCGGCUGUGGCUGGACCGGGAGAGGGCGGCGGUGGAGCGGGACAGAACCAUGGUGGAGCAGGAGAGAGCGGCGCUGGGCCGCGAGCGGGAGCUGCUGGACCAGAGGGCGCUGAUGCUGAACUCGGUGGGACACUCGGGACACCUCAACGCCCUCAUGUAGAGACACGGAGAGCGUGUCCCUGUAGACGGUCGGGUAGGGGGGGUCGGGACCUCCCGCCGACAGACCACAGAGACGUGGAGCUGCUCCACCGCUCGUCAGCUCAGAGCAGGACGUCGCUGGGUGACGAGAAGUACGACCUCCGGUGGGCAGGAGGCUGCACACCUCAGCGUACACACACACACACACACACCCACACACACCAGCUUCUCUUCGUCAGACUGAUCAAUAACAUCUAAAUGUUACGACAAGUGACGUCCGACACGAUUACUCACAUGAGUUUUUCUUUUAUGAGCUUUUUGGUCCAAAUAUCGAAGCUCAUGGUUCAAACAGAAAAGAUUUCAUUGAUAUGAUUUUGGAACAAAGGUCAGUUUGGACGAUAAACUGUUUAUAAAGACGACAACUCUUCUCCACUUCCUCCCGUUGGACAGAUCAUGAUGGUGGAGAGCAUGUGUGGGCGGGGCCUCCAAUCCCACCAUAACUACGUCACAGACUCUCCUCAUGACGUCACCAGCACAAGAUGGCGGCUCCUGAAUCAGAGGUUUCAGCUUCCUGUUUGUAAAGAUGAGAAGAAGCCGAGACGCGUCGUCCAUCUUGUUGUGAGCAUUUCUCUGACCUGCAGGUGUGAACCAAUAGGAGACCUGAUCGAGAGGAAGUGACUCUAACUGUUUCCCACACGAUUCGUUUGGGCGACAAAAUCGUAUCGAGUUCUUUCGUUGUAUUUUUAAAUACAAUUAGUUUUUAUAAAUCGACACUGGACUCGUUGAAACAUCUGAGUGAAGAAUGUUCCGUGUGCUGCAAUAUAAACUACAUUUUGAUCAUGUUUUAUCAACUGAAUCCGUGUCAUAUUUAAUAUUUUCAUACAAAAUAUGUUAAUAUUUUACUUGUCAUUUCAAAAUCACCAUUUUGUGUCAUGUCCAGAAACCGGACUGAUCAACAAUGAUGUUUAUGAUGAGAUUAUAUAUAUAUACAUAUAUAUGUAUAUAUAUAUAAUCAUCCAGAUCACAACGUCACUUUACUGCAUCACACAAAAUUAAAAUUAAAUAAAAACUCAAACAGUUGGAUUGAUGUUAGAUCUCUGAAUGUGUCACCAGAAAAAAUUACAUGAAGUGAAAGUUUUUUAUUUUUUUAUUGAUUUGCUUGUGAAACUUGUUUUGGUCCUGCACUUCCGGCUGCUCGUCAGCAGGGGGCGCUGCUCCUCUAAAACACAUUUAUACAUUAAACUAGUGACACGGAGUUACAGGUUGUCGCCAGGAGUCCGAAGUUAUUGAUCAGCACUGACCCGGAUCACAAAUCAAUAAAUCAAUAUUUUACUGGCUUCUCUGUGGCGGCCAUGCUUGUUGACAUGUAUCUGUCUCUGAGUCGUGACUGAAGUUUAUUAUAAUAAUUUAGAUUCAGAUUCAUUCAAAUACAUCGAACACCGACUGUCUCGAGACAAAAGGUAACUUCACGUCCCCGCAGCUGAUUGGCCGUAACCAGGUGGGAUGGGGGCGGGGCCAGACCGGAGAGGCGGCGCCAGGUGAGGAGCUGCAGGUGACUCGAGUCAGUGCUCGCGGGACGUCCGAGGCAUGUUCACGGUGAGAGUCGGUCAGUGCACAGCGUCCCGCCGAUCAGCUGUUCGCUCGUUCGUUCGUUCGUUCGUUUGUUUGUUCGUUUGUUUGUUUGUUUGUUCGUUUGUUUCCUCCGAGGAGCCGGACUCACGUGACGUCCACGUGACGCUCAGG